AAGGCUAACAGCACACCGCAAAAACAUACCAGCCUUCACAUGCUCCUCUAAGUGUUGAAUGUUUUAUUUUAAUUUUAUUUUAAACACCUUUAAAAACUGACAUGUAAAUCAGUAAUUAUUUCAGCAGACACAUCAUGGCUAGUCUAGCAAAUAUCAUGAACAGGUGUGUAGCAUGACUAUUGUGGAUAACAUACAGUAGAAAUAUCAAUCUGCAGCAGAGAUGGUAUAUACUAGCGCCUAGUUCUAGCAAUCUGAUGACGGACUGAAGAGAGAGUGGCUUCCCAAUAGACGAAAAAACCCAAUUACAGGCAAUGGCCAGUUGGGGUCGCUACAGGCCUGUAUGGCGUCAAUGGCAUCUGGCGCCACUAGACUACGUCAGUGGAUUGUUCAACUCAAAACAAAUUAUUCAGAUGUGCAAAUGAUAGUGGACUGCGGGGAGUAAGAACACGAGGCCAGCGUUACACUUCUGAAAAAGGAAGACGGGACAUGCACACCAGAUAAAGUGUUUCCCGCCCUAACGGAUGCUUGAAACCACCUUCUGUGCUUUGGAGAGAAACCGACAAAAUGAGUGAAAGGUCAAAUCACAUCAACAUCCCGAUGGUGGAGGACACGAAAGCCAACGGAUCAUCCAGACAACAGGGGGCCCGCACAAAGUCACCGCAGGGCUCCACCGUCAGCUUCCACAACAUUCACUACAAUGUGGAGCUCAAGAGCGGGCCCCUGUGCAAGAGAAAGGUCACCCAAAAAGAAAUCUUGCUGGAUCUUAAUGGAUUCAUGAAACCAGGGCUGAAUGCUAUUUUGGGAGCUACGGGAAGUGGCAAGUCAUCGUUCUUGGAUGUCCUGGCAGCCAGAAAAGACCCUGCUGGGCUGUCUGGAGAAGUUCUGAUCGACGGUGCCCCACAACCACCAAACUUCAAGUGCCUCUCGGGAUAUGUUGUUCAGGAUGACGUGGUGAUGGGCACUCUGACGGUGCGGGAGAACUUUCGUUUCUCCGCUGCCCUGCGGCUGCCCAUGUCGGUGAGCCAGAAGGAGAAGGAAGAGAAGGUCAACAACCUCAUAAAGCAACUGGGCCUCAACAAAGUGGCCGACUCGAAGGUUGGAACCCAGAUGAUCAGGGGGAUCUCUGGGGGAGAGCGAAAGAGGACCAAUAUCGGCAUGGAGCUCAUCAUUGACCCCUCUGUGCUGUUCCUUGAUGAACCGACCACUGGACUCGAUGCAAGCACAGCCAAUUCUGUUCUUCAACUACUGAAGAGAAUGGCUAAUCAUGGUCGAACCAUCAUCAUGUCCAUACACCAGCCCAGAUACUCCAUCUACCGGCUGUUUGACAGCCUCACCCUUCUUGUCAGUGGAAAGCAGGUUUUCCAUGGGCCUGCUCAGGAUGCUUUGGAUUACUUUGCUAACAUUGGAUAUACCUGCGAACCCCAUAACAAUCCAGCUGACUUCUUCCUGGAUGUCAUCAAUGGAGAUUCAAUAGUAGCUAUGACCAAAAUGCAAGAACGUGACUUUGAGGAAAAAGAAAGCUCUCGGCAGAGUAUCGAAGAGCGUCUGGUGGAGGAGUACAGGAAGAGUGUGUACUACAACGACAUGGCAGAAGAGCUCGGGAAAAUCAUCCAGGGCAAGGAGUACACCACCCUGCCCAAGUCUCGCACCAUUACCUACAACACCUCCUUCACCCACCAGUUCAAGUGGGUCCUCAAGAGAACGUUCCGGAACCUCGUGCUGAACCCACAGACUUCCAUUGCACAGGUGGCAGUGACACUUUUCUUGGGCCUCAUAGUCGGGGCAAUAUUUUUUGGAGUCAAAGACGACCAGAGUGGAAUCCAAAACAGAAUGGGAGCUCUCUUCUUCAUCACCACCAACCAGUGCUUCGGAGCGCUGUCUGCUGCCGAGCUCUUCAUCACGGAAAGGAAGCUCUUUGUGCACGAGUACAUCAGUGGAUAUUACAGGGUCUCUGUGUACUUCCUGUGUAAGAUCCUCUCUGACAUCCUCACCCUCCGCACCAUUCCCGCCAUAACCUUCAGCUGCGUGGCAUACUUCCUGAUAGGACUGAAGGCCACAGCCUCAGCCUUCUUCAUCUUCAUGCUGACCGUGGCCCUGGUGGCCUACGCCGCCACCGCCAUGACCAUGGCCAUCUCCGCCGACCAGACGGUCGUCGCUGUGGCCAACAUCUUCAUGACCAUCAGCUUUGUGUUCAUGAUGAUCUUCUCCGGCCUCUUGGUGAACUUGCCGAGCAUUAUGGACUGGCUGGCGUGGUUUCAGUACUUCAGUAUCCCUCGAUACGGAUUGACCGCUCUUCAGGUGAAUGAAUUUGUUGGGCUGAAUUUUUGCACGACGAUCCCUGACAUCUCACUUCCGCCAAUGAACGACUGCAACAUCAGCGCACCUGGCUUGAUGUGCACGGGUGAGCAGUUUCUGGACAACCAAGGAAUUAUUUACACGACAUGGGGACUGUGGCAGAAUCAUCUUGCCCUGAUUAUAAUGACCAUGAUCUUCUUAAUCAUCGCAUAUCUGAAGCUUCGGUUUAUUAAGAAGUUCACAUAGACACCGUGCCAAUGAACAAAAAACAUUCUAAUGUACUUACUAUGUUUGUUUUAUUUGUUUCAUGUCGUAGAGUAGAUUUAAUAUAUAAAUACAAUCACACCUGUAUAUUCCAGAGAACAAUCCUUGCUUUUCACAUCCAAGCGCAGUUCAAUUCUAAAUUGUAGUUUGAUUGUGAUUUUGUAUGAUGUUUAUGUGUAAUAUGUUAACCUGUAUUGUUUCAGUGUAUUGCUUAUCCUUAUUUACCAAUUGUACAUAUUUAUUUAUCAUUAAUGAAAAUAUUUGUAAUGAUAUAAUUUUGUAGUUCAGUAUAUAGCAAAAACAGUCAAAAAAAAGUUGUUUGACUGUUCUAAUGAAACAUUGAUAAAUAAUUGCUCUUUAUUGCACCCGUAAAUAAACAAUUAAACCAUUUUCUAAA